AUGGCCCUCACCUACAAAGGGGACAUGGCAUAUCUCCCUCAAGAGAUAUUCCAGAUGAUCAUCCAGCACCUGGAACCUGUCGAUCUCGUCCGUUGUCGUCGCGUAUCUUCCUCGUGGUAUCGAGCGUUUACGAAUCCAGUCAGUCUUGCCCAAGUUCUCAAAGUCACUUUUCCGCUGGCAAAAGAAGUGAGGGAGCUCGUCGGUCAGAUCAAAGGUCCAAUACCCUACGACACGAUCUACAACGACCCCCCAGAAAAAUGGCGAUUAAUUUUCGAUAGAGUCACAGAACGCUAUUAUCGUUUGACAAAUGGAAUACCUCGCUCGGUACAGACAAUCGAUUUUCAGGAUACCCGAACUGCUCCGGGUGAAGAUGGAUAUUUCAGUGUUCCACACUGGAACAGUCAUUCAAGUCAUCCUGGAUCUUUCAUCGACAUGUUAUUUGAGCCUGUAUUUUGGACAUAUAACGAAGGGUUGGUUGUUUAUCCGGAUGAGCGUGGACGGUGUUUGAUGCUCUUAGAUGUGGAGACUGAAGAGCAGUUCAUGGUCCCAUUCGUGACUAUUGAUAAAGUCAUACGAAGAAUGCGUCUACAUGAUCGAUUGCUUGUGAUUGAGUGGGCUGAAAGUGAAACCUUCCAUUGGUUAAAUGACCAAGAUAGUGUUCAUCGUCACUUUGCCACGUCUUUCGAAGUCAAUGCUGUUGGACGAGGAUGGGACAUUGUCUUCCGCAAUGAAUGGAAGAUUAUGUUCCUAGGCCACCCCUUGGGCGAAAGAGAUCGCUUCUUUUCAUGUCACAGUCGCAGUCAUUAUGCGAUCUAUACCUGGCAGCCGAACCGCAGUCUUUACACCGCAGACGAAGAUGCACCCAUCGAGUCUCUAUCUAUUUGGGAUAUUUCCGCAGCCUCUGGUUACAGACCAUCGCAGGAUCCGACAGGAAGACCAAAAGACAACGGCCCAAGGCAAGUUGCCAGCUUCGCCUUUCGAGACCUUGAAUUCUACUCGGUGAGGCAAAGGGGGCUCCCAGCAAUCAUGAGAAUGGACAUUGACAGUGACUCGAAUUCCAUCUCUAUCACGGAGGUAAGGGAUAAUGCCCAUAUGGACUUCAAUGUUCUAGAAUAUGCUCCUUGGACGCGCAUCAUAACCAUACCAUUCAUUGGUCAAGGUCCUGCAUGGCAGCGAGAGGUACAAACUCGCAUGGAGAUUGCGCCCUGGACAGUUACAAAGCCAUGGCCAUGUUACUGUGCUAUUUGUGAGAGUAUUGAUGAGAAAGCGCAGGUAUCUUUCUGCAUUUCGUACGCUUCAUCCAAGGUCCAGGCAGGCUUUGACAAGACUUUACUACUACUUACUAUCCAUACACCCCAUGGAAUCAGGACCCUACCUCAAGAAUUUUCCCAACAGCUUUCGUACACGGGCAAGAUCUGUGGCGAUGAGCGCUUCGUCAUUGGCGAAAACGACCUCAACCAAUUAGUGGUCAUGAAGUUCUAA